AUUUUUAUUUAACGCUGAAUUCGGGAGACAAAUCAAACGGCGGUGAACAAGCGCGGACCGCAACGCAGCAGAGGCACUAACAACAAAUAAUAUAGUUAACGCAAAUGUUGAUAGAAAACGCAGAGUGCAUCGUUAACGACAAAUCGCUUUGUUAGCACAGUUGCAACUAGAAGAACAAUCAACCCUCCCGUCGCGUUGCCUAAAACAGUUGUUUGUGUUCUCAGCGGUGGUGGUGGCCUCAGUAAUGCAGCUAAUAUGAAAUCAAAAUUAACCGUUUUCGUUGUGUUUUGCGCGUAAAAAACGUUUGGAAAAUAUAAAAGUCUGCAACAAAAAAUAGCGCCAACACACGUUUACCGCCCGUAUAUAUAUAUAUAUUUGUACACAUAUAUAUGUGUAGAGAAAUAGAGAGAUAAAGCAUACAUAUAUAUAUAUAUAAUUAUAUAUUUUCUACAACAAAAACAACACGGCAGCCAAAUUAAGAACAAAAACAACAAGUGUACUCAUAUAUUUUGGUCUACGUUCAUUACCAAAUUUGGUAACUUGGGAUUUACGUUAAGCAAUUUUGUUAUUGUUCUUGGAUCAUCAUCAUCAUUAUUAUCAUCAUUGCUGUUGCCAUCUAAAGAUAUUUUGGCUAACAGUUGGAAUUUCUGUUCUCGCACCUAUUUUCCACAAACAACAAUCCACUGGACGUGGGUCAAAAGUCAAGCUUCCAAUAAUAGUCACAUCGAUCCUCAGUCAAGAUGUUUAGUCCGGAGUACGAGAAGCGUAUACUGAAACACUGCAGUCCCGUUGCACGGAAUCUAUUUGACAACAUUGAAUCAUCGACGACACCAACAUCGCUGGAUCGCUUCAUACCCUGCAGGGCCCACAACAAUUGGCAGACAUGCUUCGCCUCCAUUAACAAGUCCAAUGAUAACUCGCCACAGACGAGUAAAAAGCAAAGGGAUUGCGGCGAAACAGCACGCGAUAGCUUGGCCUAUUCGUGCCUCUUGAAGAACGAGCUGCUCGGAUCGGCCAUUGAUGAUGUGAAGACGGCGGGGGAGGAGCGCAAUGAGAACUCAUAUACGCCGGCGGCCAAGCGCAGCCUCUUUAAAUAUCAAUCACCCACAAAGCAGGACUACAAUGGGGAAUGCCCGUACUCACUGUCGCCAGUCAGCGCAAAGAGCCAGAAACUGUUGCGAUCACCGCGAAAGGCGACGCGCAAGAUAUCGAGAAUACCAUUCAAGGUGCUGGAUGCACCGGAACUGCAGGAUGACUUCUAUCUCAAUUUGGUCGACUGGUCAUCCCAGAAUGUACUCGCUGUCGGCCUGGGAAGCUGUGUCUAUCUCUGGAGCGCCUGUACUAGCCAGGUGACCCGCUUGUGUGAUCUCAGUCCAGAUUCCAACACGGUCACAUCCGUGUCAUGGAACGAACGUGGUAACACAGUUGCCGUCGGUACACAUCACGGCUACGUAACCGUCUGGGAUGUAGCAGCUAAUAAGCAGAUCAAUAAACUGAAUGGUCACUCGGCGCGUGUGGGCGCAUUGGCGUGGAAUAGCGACAUCCUGUCGAGUGGAUCAAGAGAUCGUUGGAUCAUACAACGCGACACACGCACACCGCAGCUGCAGUCAGAGCGCCGCCUUGCUGGCCAUCGUCAGGAAGUGUGUGGACUUAAAUGGUCGCCGGACAAUCAGUAUUUGGCCAGUGGAGGCAACGAUAAUCGUCUAUAUGUGUGGAAUCAGCACUCGGUGAAUCCGGUACAGUCGUACACGGAACACAUGGCUGCGGUAAAGGCGAUUGCCUGGUCACCGCAUCAUCAUGGACUUCUUGCCAGCGGCGGCGGUACUGCAGAUCGCUGUAUACGCUUCUGGAAUACGCUGACGGGUCAGCCCAUGCAGUGCGUGGACACGGGCUCACAGGUGUGCAACCUGGCAUGGUCUAAGCACUCAUCGGAGCUGGUCUCCACACACGGCUACUCGCAGAACCAAAUAUUAGUGUGGAAAUACCCGUCCCUGACGCAAGUGGCCAAGCUAACUGGUCACUCCUAUCGAGUUCUCUACCUGGCGCUCAGUCCCGAUGGCGAGGCGAUUGUCACUGGCGCUGGCGAUGAAACGUUGCGAUUCUGGAAUGUAUUCAGCAAGGCGCGCAGCCAGAAGGAGAACAAGUCUGUCCUGAAUCUGUUUGCCAAUAUUAGGUAGAUGUCCAACACCUUCACCAUGACCUUCACCAUCACCAUCACCAUAACCAUAACCAUACCCAUGGAUUUGAUGCGUAUGACACGUCCCCCCAAGUUUGGGGCGUGCGUUGACUGAGCGAGGCGCCAAAGGCAAGCAACUAACCAACCAAUAAAGAAAUCAACCAAUCAUUAACUGGGGCUAACUACGCAUUCACAUAUGUUGUAUGUGUAUGUGUGUUUAUUAAUAACAAUAUUUACUAAAUUUAUGUUAACAUUGUCAUCAAAUGUUCACCAACUGCUUCUAUGUGUAAGAUUUGGGCGGGGAAUUCUAUUGGUAAGCAAAUAUGUAGUUUGACUUUAAAGUGCAUCAAAUACAUUCACUGCAGCGCUAAA